ACAGCUGUCAUGGCCGCGUCCAGUGCUCAAGACGCUGUAAGGAAAAGCAAUGCUGGGCUUUUUAUCCGCACGAAAAGCAGGUUUGGAGGACCCUCUUCGCUUCCGGAGAGCAGAGUCCACACGGAGGGUUUUGGGACUGGAAUUAAACAAAGACAGAGAUGUUGAAAGAAUCCACAGUAGUGGAGUUAACACCCUUGACAUUGAACCUGUUGAAAGGAGAUACAUGUUAUCAGGUGGUUCAGAUGGUGUGAUUGUACUUUAUGACCUUGAGAACUCCAGCAGAGAACCUUAUUACACAUGUAAAGCAGUGUGUUCCAUUGGCAGAAGCCAUCCUGAUGUUCACAAAUACAGUGUGGAGACUGUUCAGUGGUAUCCUCAUGACACAGGCAUGUUUACAUCAAGCUCAUUUGAUAAAACUCUGAAAGUAUGGGAUACAAAUACAUUACAAACUGCAGAUGUAUUUAAUUUUGAGGAAACAGUUUAUAGUCAUCAUAUGUCACCAGUUGCCACCAAGCACUGUUUAGUAGCAGUCGGUACUAGAGGACCCAAAGUACAACUUUGUGACUUAAAGUCUGGAUCCUGUUCUCACAUUCUACAGGUUGUAUUUGCAGGUCACAGACAGGAAAUAUUGGCAGUUUCCUGGUCACCACGAUAUGACUAUAUCUUGGCAACUGCCAGUGCUGACAGUAGAGUAAAAUUAUGGGAUGUGAGGAGAGCAUCAGGAUGUUUGCUUACUCUUGAUCAACAUAAUGGAGAAAAGUCACAAGCUGCUGAAUCAGCAAACACUGCUCAUAAUGGGAAAGUUAAUGGCUUAUGUUUUACAAGCGAUGGGCUUCACCUCCUAACUAUUGGUACAGAUAAUCGAAUGAGGCUCUGGAAUAGUUCCAAUGGAGAAAAUACAUUAGUAAAUUAUGGAAAAGUUUGUAACAACAGUAAGAAAGGAUUGAAAUUCACUGUUUCCUAUGACUGCAGUUCAGAAUUCGUUUUUGUACCAUAUGGUAGCACCAUUGCUGUUUAUACAGUUUACUCAGGAGAACAGAUAACUAUGCUUAAGGGACAUUAUAAAAGUGUUGACUGCUGUGUAUUUCAGUCUGAUUUCCAGGAACUUUAUAGCGGUAGCAGAGACUGCAAUAUUCUUGCCUGGGUACCAUCCUUAUACGAACCACUUCCUGAGGAAGAUGAGACUAAAACCAAGUCACGGUUAAAUCCAGUCUUUGAAGAUGCCUGGAGCAGUGAUGAGGAAGGAUGACUGUCAGCCUUGAGGACCUUUGUGUUUCUAAUGAUGAAACUUUUUAAACAGCACUGGUUGUGUGUAGAGUUUUUGAACUAUUUGUUCUAUUCCUAAAAAUUAAAUUAGCCCUGAAUUUGGGUGAUAUUUUUCACUGAAGUUUUAAAACGAGGUUAAUAUUUGUAUGAAAUCCUAAACAGACUUUGAGGCAUUUAUUUAAUUAAAACUGGUCCCCUUGAUCCUGCAGUGGCCAGGCAGCCCAUUGCUACAGUAAAAGAACAGAAGUUGUAGUGUCUCCACUUGGGUCUUGAACAGAUCAUAUGAAUGUAGAAAACAGUCUGAGAGGAUCACCAGCGCCCACUUCCUCCAGUAACUGGCUGCACCAUUAACCUGCUCACCUCCACCUGCAAGGGUGAUUUUAUAAAGGAUUAUCACAUAAAACAAUGAUAGUUAAAAAAGUAGCAUUGAAAGUAUUUGUCCUUUUUAAUUUUCCUAUUACAUCGCUUUUUCUCAAUUUUUAUUUUUUAUUAGUACAUAUU